UCUUCAUGUACAAGAUCCAAGAUUUAUUUUCAAGUUUACAAUACACUCCACGCAAAAACCUGCCCGCCCUGACAAAAACGAACGUCGUCGCAAUACCCCUUCGUCCCAUACGAGUAAGACUUGCCAAUAGUCGUUUGAGAUACUGUUUGCGACCACAAUCAGUAGAAUUCUAGUCAUCCCACCUCGAAAUUCUAGAAUUUCCCGCCACUAUACCAGACACUUAAGAUGGAUCACACAAGAGACCCUUGCCCAUGGGUCAUUCUGAACGAUUUUGGAGGUGCAUUUGCUAUGGGUGCAAUCGGCGGAACUAUAUGGCACGGUAUCAAGGGUUUUCGGAACAGUCCGAUGGGCGAGAGGAGAAUAGGUGCAAUCACAGCUAUUAAGGCGAGAGCACCGGUACUAGGUGGCAACUUCGGUGUAUGGGGUGGUUUAUUCUCGACGUUCGACUGCGCGGUUAAGGGAAUACGGAAAAAGGAAGAUCCUUACAAUGCAAUCAUUGCGGGCUUCUUCACCGGUGGUGCUCUAGCUGUCCGAGGAGGAUAUAAGGCGGCGCGAAACGGUGCUAUCGGUUGCGCCGUUCUCCUUGCCGUCAUCGAAGGUGUUGGUAUAGGGUUCCAAAGAAUGCUUGCGGGCUCAACGAAAUUAGAGGCGCCUCCGCCACCGCCCGACGCGGAGAAGGCUUUCGCAUAGAAUCCUUGAAAACGAAUGCGACGAAAAAAAAAAUAUUCCCACUCUGCUCCUUUCCGAUCUAUUAUCGAAUCGGUUUCGUGUAUUUAUAUCUCAGGUCUAGGCGGUCUUUGCAUAACCAACACGGAUGGUCGGGCGAUGAAUGACAUGUAAAAUAAGAGGAUAUUGCCGCUGUGUUG